AUCAGAUGCACUUUGCACUCUCUUCCUUCCUUUUCAAUAUGACACAUCGUGGCAAACGGCUAUUUCAAGAAAGGGAAGUUAUUAUGCUGCAAAAACAAGAAUGACAGAAGAAGGAACUUGACACACAGUCAUAAUGGUGUUGUAUCUGCACAGAUGUAACUGGACCCUUGCCCAAUGUGGCUGAUGUUCACACCAAUAACUUGCAGUUUCCUGAGCGUGUUGUGUCAUUGGGAGAGAGAAAAUUAGGAAGUUGAUCUUGGUUUCAACCGAUACUUGUGCAGAUUAGAUUAUCACUUGGAAGUUGGACAAAAUAUCCAUGAAGAUUCCGUGAUAUGCACAAGAAUCUGCUGCUGGCCACACAGAGCCAACAGUUUCAACCACUUGAAGGUUUCGGCAUCGGAACGCAGGUCCACAAAUAUAACCAGGCCACUUCAGAGAACGUCCAGGAGUGUAGCAAGAAAUGAUGCCCUGGACAUAAAUGGGAGAAUCGGCCCAAACACAAUCAAGUCACACACAAGUCCAAAGCCUCAAGUGCCUCAAAAGCCUCUGCAUCUUCAAAGUCCGGCAGCACAGCAAGCAAGCCAAGGUCCAGACAUCAAGGCAUUGCACGGUGGAAAGGCAAGGAUGGACUCCUUCACACCACCCAGUCCAUGCAAGGAAAAAGUUGGCAAAGUGUCUGAUCUGAUCAACCGGUUUCAAGGAAGCAGUCCAGGGAGCCCUAAUGAUUUGAAGAAGGACGUUCAAAGUGGGUCACCUUCCCCCCGAAACCCUGCAAGAUCUUUGAUUAAUUCUCAUCAGCCCAAACUGCUGUCAGACCAUCCUAUUCUUCAGCGGCAGAGAACGGACUCUGUGAGGGUAAACUGUGCCGCGGAAUCUGCCUCCGACGCUGCACUGCAGCCGGCUAACGGGUUGGUGACCUCGCUGUCAGCGGGCAGCACCGAGGGCAGCGCGCGUACGGCCGAGCCUCUGAUGGACAACAGACCGCCAGACGGGGAGCAAGAGGCCGCCGUGAGUCAGGCGCCGUCUACCACGGGACGGGCAGCGGUGGCCGGCCUCAAUGCCGUCUCGAGGCCGCGCGAGAAACAAGGAGAGGCUCCGGAAGUGCAGGCGCAGACCACUCUGGAAGCAAAGAAAAUCCGCAAUGGAGAAAUACAGACGAGUGAAAACGAACUGAGCGCAGAGAAGAAGGAGACAAACGAAGAAAAGCUCUAUAAGAUUGCUAACGAGCUUUUGCUGACAGAGAGAGCGUUUGUGAACAAGCUUCAUCUACUAGAUCAGGUAUUCUGUGCCAAGUUGCUGGAGGAAGCCAACAGCAAGGGCUCCUUUCCUGCAGAGGUAGUGACCAAGAUCUUCUCCAACAUUUCCUCCAUUUAUGCCUUCCACAGUCAGUUCCUGCUGCCUGAGCUCGAAACACGAAUGAAUCUUUGGAAUACCACGCCACAAAUAGGAGAUAUUUUGCAGAAAUUGGCCCCGUUCCUGAAGAUGUACGGUGAAUAUGUGAAAAACUUUGAGAAGGCCAUGGCACUUCUGAAAACGUGGAUGGGCAGAUCACUGCAGUUCAAAGCUAUUGUUCAGGAAAUUCAGAAACAAGAAAUCUGUGGAUCCCUGACAAUCCAACAUCACAUGCUGGAACCAGUCCAACGAAUUCCCCGCUAUGAGCUCCUGCUUAAGGAUUACUUGAAGAAACUACCAGAGGACUCGUUAGACAGGAAAGACGCAGAGAAGUCCCUAGAAAUUAUCUCCACUGCAGCCACGCACUCGAAUGCUGCAAUCCGUAUGAUGGAAAAGAUGAAGAAGUUAAUCGACGUGUACGAAAUGCUAGGAGGUGAAGAGGAGGAUAUAGUAAAUCCUUCAAAUGAAUUAAUAAAAGAGGGACAAAUCCAAAAGCUGGCUGCUCGCAACACUUCCUCACAGGAAAGAUAUCUUUUCUUGUUGAACAAUAUGCUGCUGUACUGUGUUCCAAAGUUCAGUUUGGUAUUCACAAGAUAUUCUGUCCGAACCAAAAUUGGUAUUGAAGGCAUGAAGGUCAUUGAGACCCAUAACAAAGACUAUCCCAACACAUUCCAGGUCUCUGGAAAAGAACGAACACUGGAGUUGCAGGCCAGCUCUGAUCAGGACAAGGAAGAAUGGAUAAAGGCUCUGAAAUAUACAAUACAUGACUUUAAACAGAAGAAUGAAACUUUCAGAUCUGCGAUAGCUAAAGAAGGGGAAGACCAUGGUCCUGAGGUUUCAACGGCAGAGUUGGGGAUGAGGGCACCGAGGUGGAUCCGCGACAAUGAGGUCACGUUGUGCAUGAAAUGUAAAGAGCCCUUCAACGCUCUGACCCGGCGAAGGCACCACUGUCGAGCAUGUGGAUGUGUUGUCUGUUGGAAGUGUUCUGAAUACAAGGCAAACCUUGCCUACGACAGCAACAAGCCCAACAAAGUGUGUAAAGACUGUUACAUCAUCAUAACAGGACAAACGGACAGUGAGGAGAAAGAUGAAAAAAGGAAGAAAGGAAUUCUGGAGAUUGACGCUGCUGAAGUCUCCGAGAACUGUAUCAUCUGCAAUUUUCUUCAAUAUCUGGAGAAACCGGCCAAACCCUGGCAGAAAGUGUGGUGUGUGAUUCCUAAGAAUGAGGGAUUGGUUCUGUACAUGUAUGGAGCACCCCAGGACGUGAAGGCACUCGCCACGAUCCCUCUCCUCGGCUACAUGAUAGAAGAUAAUCCGCGGGGGGUGGACGCAUCGCACGUGUUCAGGCUGAAACAAUCGCGGUUCGUCCACACCUUUGCCGCGGACUCUGACGAUCACAAGCAACAGUGGCUGAAAAUAAUCAGCAUGGCCGCGAGGGGGGACACGCCCACUGACAAUGAUGACUUCAGUAGCGAUGAGGCCUCCACCUCUUGACUGAGCGUUGACUCCAGCUAUCCAGGGGCUGACACUGAGAAUCCAAAACCACCUUAAGGAUGAUUUCUAAAGCAUGUGUGGUAUCUCGUGUGGGGAAAAAACGUUUAAAAACCUCUUCAAAUGAAAUGUCUACGCUCACUAUUUCUCGUCCUAUCACCCCUGACUAAUCCGACAAACAGAGACUGCAUUGGUCAGUAACUUCUGUUACUAUUCGCACCAAAACUCUUUCAGUGACCAAGCAGUCGGUAAAAAACUAUCCAGCACAAACUUAUAACAUUUAAGAAAACACUGGACAAUUAAAUAAGCUUUAUAUUAUGGUGAUGUUAUAUCGUCUACGUAUUUGGCUGCUCGGUCGAAGCAGUGAAUUUAAAUUGGUGUACAUGAUGCAUGUACAGAAUGGCAAUUAAUGAACUGUGAAGAACUGUGGUCCAUAGCUCAGACAUUCAGACUGUUUUCUGUGAAGUUUCAGUGGAAAUGAACAGACCUAAGAGUUUUUUUUUUUUUUUCGUGAGACCACUAGUUUCUGUAUUUGAAAUCAAUUUGUCUAAUGUCCUUGUGCUUUAAGCAGCGGCAAAGAAUUGAUGUUAUAUUAUUGUAUUUAUUAAAGCUGAGGUAUCCUUCUCGUCCCCCACCUGUGUAGCAGGUGCGGGUUAGCUUGGGAUACCCAAAGAUUCAUGUACACAUGAAGCAGUUAAUUAUUAAAAAUUAACCCGCUUCCUCAACUAGUCGUAAUCCCGGCAACCAUGCAACAAGGAGGUUUUGCUGCACUACAAAAUGAUAGGAAUCCACAUUGUCAAAAGACAGCAGGUUAAUCUUUGGAAUUUCAGGGUGGUGAAUCUGUGGAAUUCUUUGCCACAGAAGGCUGUGAAGGCCAAGUCAGUGGAUAUUUUACUGGCAGAGAUAGAUGAUUCUUGAUCAGUACAGGUGUCAGAGGUUAUGGGCAGAAGGCAGGAGAAUGGGGUUAGGAGAGAUACAUCAGCCAUGAUUGAAUGGUGGAGUAGACUUGAUGGGCCGAAUGGCUUAACUCUACUGCUAUUCCUGAUGAACCUUAAUCUCUUAACUCUCAAGAAGGGAUUUCGUGACGGUGACUUCCCUGCCCGCGGUUGAGCCGAUGGUGGUCGACCAGGGAAGGAAUUCAAAAUCAAAAACGAGGCAGAAACAUCCCAAUCCAUGUAAUUGUGUUCAGCAGAGCUACAGCCGUGGUCUGGGGAGGAAGUUGAAUCUCUCGAACUGUGAAUAAUAUUUGAUUUCAGAAUCGAGUCGCCCCAUAAAUUGAGAGGAAAGAAAAUCAUCUCCAGAAAGUCCAGGAAGAAAAUAAACUUGCAUGUGGCACCGUAAAUAUAUCUACAAGAUAUACACUUGUAUAAAUCAAAGUCAGACAAUAACACGCUAAGAGGGUACUGUGGCGACACGCUACAGUACGAUAAUAUCAUAAUAUAAAUAAGUCCAAUUAAAUAGUUCAAACUCAUUACUGCCUUCAAAUCCUGUUAUCAUGUAAAUAUGUACAGUAGGGGUACAAAAGCAGCUCGUUCUUCUACCUUGCAAGUAUUCUGCCGAAUGGUGAAAUCAAACUGAUUUAUUCUGAUGCAAGUCCACAGCAGGCUCAAGCAGAAUGUGAUGAAAAAUUGCUGAUUUUACUGACUUUACAGUGUGGAUUACUGAUCUACUGAUCUUGAUUGUUCAUUAGUCUUUGCUACCUAUUCAGCAUUAACUAUCAAAUGCAACGUUUUGUGACUUUAUUUAUAAAUGUUUCAAAAAUAAUCCUACAGAUCACUAGAGAAUUUGAAGCCUGCCGACUUGUCCAUUAAUUUGAGAGGUUUUGUUGAGCCUUAGUGUUGCAAAUUAAGCAAAGUAUUGCAAAGUAUGCCAAAGCUCAAAUUAUAUAAGUGACCUGAAGAAGGGGUACUCCAAUUUGAAUUCAAGUGGACUGUAGCAUUUGAAAUGUUUUUGUAUGUGUCUGGAUAUUAAGGGUUCUAUUCUCUUGAACAUGCAACAAAAUGGAAACCAAACAAGACAAAACUAUUAGUCUCUUAAAAGUAGUGCUUGUCACCAUUUCUAUGUAAAUGUAAAUGCAUUUUCUAAAAAAAAAUAGAUGGAGUUUAUGGAACUGUGAGAGUGCAAGUUGCUCUUUAAAAUGAUCUCCUUGAGAAAAAAAGUUAUUUGAUGCUAUUACAGAAGAUUAUUGUGCAAAA